AACUGUGUUGACGUGUUUUCAGCAUUUUCCUGAAAAAGUUGAUAAUUCUUGGUCCUAACUUAAGAGAAUAGCAUGGAUAUACUUUUCGAAGUGUAGGCAAAAUGCGUUUUGAUUCAAGCGGAUUUCUAGUGCGUUUCAUGGAGUUAGGGGCGUAUUGAUAAUGGAAGUAUAUGUUCUAAUUCGGGCCUACUGCGCCCUGUUUCUUUGCGUGGAGUUAAUACUUGGGACAGAAAUGGAUAAUUCACUUUCGGGAGGCCCUUGUAUCCAAUUCUCCAAAAAGGAAGAAUUUUCCUUCACGCCAAAGGAUGGACGCGUCGCGGAAUUCCACAUUCGGCAAAAUAUCAUGGGUGAAAUCACGUUUGCGGAUAUACCGAAUGACACGGACAUUUCUUUGGAUAUAAACUGGGGCACGGCAUACGAGUACCAGUUGGAUGGCAUCAAAAGUAACUUCACGCAAUAUCAUGGAAUAGACGGCGAUAUUUUCAUUAUGCAGCUGGAUUUUGAUGAAGCCUCGGAUAACAAUUCGUAUCUCAUUCUAGGAAUAGUUGGUGCAGUGGUUAUUCUGGUUCUUAUCUGUGCUCUCAUCACUUGGCUAGUGCGAAGGAGGCGGCUGUACCAGGUCAAUAAAGCACGCAACAGAACAGAGCCAACAGAAGAUGUUUCAGUUUUAUCCAUUGGUAAUGACGUGGGUAAUGACAUUGGUGCAAGUUUCGGCACUAUAACUUCAGACCAUGAACAGUUGAAUAACCAAGUCACCACCACUCCAUCGCCCGUCGAACCCGCCGCUGCUGCAAGGGGUGGGAGGAAAAAGAGGAGUAAAAAGAAAGAGAAACGGAAACCAUCACCGGAGUCUGCAGAGUCUGAAGCUCGGCGGAAAGAGAGGGAAGUUUCGCCUGAUGCUGGUACUUUGCCAGACACAGAGAGUUCGGAUGAUGGAGGUUUCCUUUCUAACACGCCGGUAAGACCCAAGAGGCACGUUGCCAACAGAUCUGCUGCUGCUGAACAACGACCAUCUUCACCUCCUUCCAGUGAUCGUGAGGGUGGUCGCCCCCGGCCCCCUCCUGGUCGUCGGUCCCCGCCGGGAACACGGGCGGUGAACAAGGCGGCACUAGCAACCAUGGCUGUGAUGACAAUGCUAACUGUGGUUUAUGCAGCUUGUAUUUAUGAAUACAAGGCAGAUAUAACAGUCAGGGUACCUAGGAAUAUACUAGUCAAUGAUGUGAAGGUGUUUUUGAACAGUCAUCGGCAGGGAAAACUCAACACACGCAACUGGAGUCGGGCGGUGAAUCAGAGCAGGGUCAAGGUGUUUGAACUUGAUGAUGCAAGUUUAACAAAGUCUGACCUGUGUAAGCCUGAUGGCAGAUGUCCACGUGCUGCAGCUCAGGGUUUGGCGGGAUGCGACAUGAAGACGGGGGACUGUGUCUGUGAGAAGGGAUACUCCCUCAGUGAGGGAAUAUGUAUAGACAAAAACGAAUGUCACUUCCCGGAAUACAAAUGCCAUGCUCAAGCUGUUUGCAAAAACACCAUCGGAUCCUACCUCUGCCUUUGUCAGCCUGGUUACUUCGGGGAUGGCAAGACAUGUAAAAAGUGUAGUCAAGGAUGCUCCACAGGACACUUUUCCUCAUCACCGUGUAACUCAACCAACGAUAGGGUUUGCUCUCCAUGUGGUGAAUGUGAUGGUCCGACGUUCGAGGCUGCCAAGUGUGGAGAAGAAACGCAGGAUACGCUGUGUAUUCAUGCGGCUAAACCGUUUCUGGCAUACGCUAAAAAGCGUGACCCGACUUGGGACGGCUGGUAUCGGCCAGUCAAAAUGUUUUUUUGGAAAUUUGAUGACACCGAGAGAGGGUUCCACGUGAAAAAGUCAAGUAACGUCUUCUUGGAAAACCUCCACGCGGUUGGGAAUCGUGAUAACACGGUCUAUGUCACUGAUGGCGCCCAAGCGCAGGAUUUCUUCUGGAAGCGCGAGUCGAACCUGCGGGUACAUAUCGGCGUCCAUAACAUCCACAUGGUGCCAGAGUACCAGGAUGUUGUCCAUCAGUCUGAUAAUGAGUACAUGUUGCGGAAUCCGAACCAGAGUGAUGACCAGGGGAAGUUCCAGAAUAUUGUUCAGAAUUAUUGCAGACACCCAAUGCCUGACUACUACAGUAUCACACUGGAGAUAAUGCGCGAUCGUACCACAGCUGUCCGCACUAUCACUUGUGACAGCAGAGACAAAGGUCUGGUCCGCUGUGAUUGGCCGUAUAUCGACGGGGACAAAUAUACAUAUCGGACAUUGAAUCAGCCUUGUCCUAAACUGGUCCUCACUCGAAGAUAUUUCAAGGGUACGUUCCCUGAAGAGCUGCAGCAGGUAUCCAACAGUAUCUCAUGCGCCCAGGAGACGGAGCUGCUUGGAAAACUGUUCAACCUGACCAUGCUGCCACAAGAAGACAUUAGAUUUCUAUCGAAAGAUUGCCAGAGUGCCAGCUCUAAGUGCACGACGUGCUUGAAGGAGACAAGUACUGGAGAUUGCAAAGCGAAUAUUGGAUACCACGGCCCCGAAAAGUUAUCUGUUCGUGUUUUGGAACGAGAUGAAAACUGCUGCUCUGUGAACUGCUACUACAACCCAUAUUGCCGAAAGGUCGAGUCACCUCCGUGUAAGACAACACCAGUUGAAUGUGCCAGGGGCGAUGCCAUGCGCUACACCAUCCAGCCCGUCUUCGAGAAUAUCAAGGAAGAAUUCCACUGUCACCUCAAAUACCAAGCACCAGAGACCCUCUACAAGUUCUUCUACUACGUCGAAAUCCCGGAGUUUAGCUUCCAAACUCCGCUAAAAGAGGUCGUAGUGAACAACGAGGGUCUUGACUACCACAGUAAUAACACGUUCCGUAUCGACUUCCUGCAAGUCGAACAUUACACUCAAUUCAAACUAGAAGACGAGUAUGUGUUAGUCGGUAACCAGAGAGAUGGGAUGCGGCGAUUCAGUUUUACACUACACCCAUUCAAAAAUGAAUCCGACUUCGAAAGGAAGCCCAUCCCGGUUUUCAAAUUCUCUGACAAUGUUUUUGUCCUAUCUGCACAAACACAAAAGCCGUUCCACGUUUCCACGUCAAAUUGGCAGAAUGGCGAGGGCUGUUAUCGUAGCGCUGAUGGCUUCGUCAACAUUCAGAAGAUGUAUUCCUAUGACGGGGUAAAGGUCGAUGGGGUCAGCAUGAAGGGGGAAGACAAUGCGUUUAACUACUUCCUCAAGUCGCCAGCAAGUAAUCCCCUGAUUCGAUUCGCAGUACCAGGAAAUGAGUCCAUAUUGUACGGCUACUUCAAGGGAAAGGACAUCCGUCUGAUCUACGAUGACACGCUGCAGACGUUCCUUACAAAGGAACGCAAGAGUAACCGAUGGAACAUCACGCUAAAAGGCUCUAUGACGGCUUGCCCAGCCUACCUGGGCAUCAUAAUCUUGGAGACAAUAACUCACAAGCAAUACUUCCACCAAGACGCAUUCAUCAGCUGCCCGCCGCAAUUUGAACUCAACUUCCUCUUUCCUGCUCAAGACUACACCAUCGAUCGCAGCUUUGAAAUUUUAGCAACCGACUCGGAGCAGACGCAAAAAAUCUUCUUAUCUGCGAUCCAUUUGAAUAACAACUUUACCCAACCUGUGGACACCACGAUGGAAAUGUUCGACAAUGUCCACUCCCCGUGGCCCGCUGUCGUGCUAAUUUUCAUAAUUUUCGCAUUCCUGUCGCUGUUCCUGUUCCUUGUCUACAUCUACUUAGUGUGUACAGAGCCGAAACAGGACCCAGACGGUAUCUAUGCAGGUGCGGCCUCUGGUAGCGGUGUCAUCACAGAGGCCGACAAGAAAAACCGGCCAAAUUUCAGACGCUCGAAGAAAAGGACAAGAAUCUUAUGCGCGGCCCUCUACGGAGUGAUCCGCGUACUAUACAAUUUGACCUUCACCUUUACAGUCUUCUUAGCGAUAAUGUUAGCGGUAAAUCGACAUAAUUUAACAAUUCUAGCAGACUUCCCAGAAUUCCAGCGCAAAAUUGACGAUGACGGCAAAACUUUGUUGUCAAAGUUAGAAGAGCACCGCGAUACGGAGCUGCGGCGACAACAAACUUUUGCAAAUGAUAUGCAAAAGGCGUGCACCUCGUACAUGCUUGACAUGUCAACCAAACUCGAACGUGACAUGUCUCAAGUAAUGCAACAGCAUAGAAACAAUAUGUACAAUAGUACCGUCAGCAUUUUAGCACACGUCGGCAAAAUCACUAAAUUAAAAAUGAAAAGUUACGAGCGUGAUUUAGAACAUUAUGUAGAUAAUUACAACAAGACAGUCAAACACAACUUUAAUGAGGCUUAUACAAAAUAUGGGCAAUUUGUUAGCAAAGUGGCCAAAAACGGUUGGCUCUCGUUCGCUCGUAAGAUCCAAAAUGGAACGAAGUCAUUUUGGGAUACGGUGGAAAACCUUCUCGAAGUGGACACGAAAUUAAAGGAGGAGGAAGUGAACUUCAUGUCGUUCUUGGGCGUCUAUAGAAUAGAAAACAUCCAAUUACUCCAGACAAGGUUUUGGCAAAGAUUCCGAUCCACCAUGCCGUCACUCACAGUUUUCCCGGAAUCUGGACUCAAGCCAGUCUUAAAAUAUGACUGCAACUCAUCCGUUAGCAACCAAACAGACAUCAACUCAUUCCAUUUCUUCGAGACAAAUUCAAAUUUUGAGGAGUACAUGCGACGACCGCGUUACCACCUUCCGCACCUGGCAGCGUAUAGUAUCAACAACGUGAACGAGAAUAUCCUAAUAUACAACUUCAAUAUGUCGUUAUUAUUCUACGUUUUUCUCGUCUUGGACGCAUUUCUAUUCAUCUAUCGAUGUUUUCGGACGUACGUAAACAUACUGUUAAUACGCUGCGGCUUUCAGGAAAAGGUGCGAGUCGAUUGGGAUCAUACGGAAAUAAAAUCUCAGCGGCUGGGCACCGCUGAACGCACAGAGUUGGAGAAUUUUAAAAAUCAGUUAAAACAUACAAAAGAUGUUAUAAAUGAAGAGCCCGACGAUACGCAUGCCAUGUGCGACACGACGGCGCUUAGGACUCGUCCGUCAGACGAAACGACACAGUCGAAUAUAGUCAUGCGCCAACGGACCAAUUCUCCAAAGUCUUUCAUAAUCUAUCUCAAGAAUAUCUGCUACUCAUAUUUAUUGCCAAAAAUACUCUUAGCGUUUACUAUAGGAUUGACUGUGCUAUUGGUCGUUUUAACGACCCAUAAACUCCUAACGGUUGAGCUCAUAGACAGUUAUAAUGGUUUCCAGCGCUAUGCAAUUGCCAUGGAUAUUAACACAAACCUCACAAAUAAGUAUGUCAAACAACAGGCUGAUUAUAUGAACUCUAUCGCCAUGGAAACGUAUAAACUCCAAAUGGAACAAGAACUCAGGGGCCUCCUUAGCAUUAGAGAAAACUUCAAUUUAGAACAGCAACAACUCCUGGCCGAAUAUAAAGCGGAGAUCUGCGCUCUCCAUCAGGCAAUCUUGAAGAACACCACCUGCGACAUCAGCAUGAGCCCGGGCAUGGUCAACCUGGAUAUUAUUCCCUGCAACUUCCUCCCUGUCGCUCCAAAAGCUUAUGCAGGCUACAGCCGCCAAACUUACCUCCAGCAACUUCGAGCAGACUCGGAACGUUACGUGACUGCUGCGCGAGAACUCGUAUUUUCCACUGCCUACGUCGUCCUCAUCAUCACCUCCAUGAUCAUCAUCAUCCACGUCAUCGGCAAUCUCUUUAUCUACUAUCUAAAAUCAAGACACUACUUGCCGAAGAAGAAAGCUUAUCUCAUGCCAAGACCUCCGGUGGGGCUGGACUCUUUCGGUCGAAAAAUCCCCGAUUAUCGACCGCAGCCUAGCAACGGUAAACCGGAGGUCCAGGGGGCAGCAGGGGGGUCCGAGAUGUGCGAGUCACAAGUAUGAGGAAAGCUUAUUAUAGGCUUUUUUGCGAAAUUUUAAUUUGUGCUGCUUGACUGCGGCACAGAUUUGCAGGUCAAAAAUGCUGUGUGAAGUUCUGCUUGCGGAUGCUGACUGCUAGGUCGAUUUGCAUGCACCUUUACGGGCAAGAAACAAGUGGUGUUUACAGCUGUGAAAAAGUUUGCACAACGUGGACAACUCAAGCAGAGGACAAGAAAUCUGCAAAAGAGAUGGCUGCAAGGACUUGCCAGUGGAGUAGUGCUUCGUAUGGUACAUUGGACUGUUGUAUUCGGUGUGUUCGAUAGUCAAGCGUCGUCCCUAAAGGGUUCAGGCCGAUGAGUUCAGGUUCCCGAGUGAGCCCUAUGGGUAGAGUUAUGACUGAGCAGAGAAACUGGCCAGGUAACUGGCAAACGGGACUGAGAUGUUCAAGAAGCGGACAACACAUGAGUUUAUAUGGAGAUAACCUCCACGCAUGAGUUUUACUUUUUUUAACUCCUUGUCUGUGUGGUCUAGUUCAAUCUGUGAACGACAAAUUAAGAACAUAAGACAUGACGAUCUAAAAGAUCACGGAGUUAUAAUUUUACCUCUUUAUAAUUUUUUUGUUAUUUUUUCUUCCAUGGUGUGUUGAUUGUGAUUUGAAAUACUGGCGUUCCAGACCAUAGCAAUGCCUGAAAACAGUCUGUGGGUUUGAAUAGCGUUGGUAUGUCUCGAAGGAAGACUCUAGGCAGGAGCCGGGUCGGUCAGAUUAAGUUUCACAAUGUGGUCAAUUGGUGUCUCUACUAUCUACAGUUCACUUUGUACUAUUCACAAUUGUAAUAGGAAUAUCGUAAGAACUACCAGGUGGUCAAACAAGACCCAUGGCUCCCUAAGUGUGAAUAUUCCUCACCUGGCCAUGGAGGAUGCCAAUUGAACCCCCAGCUCUAUUCUUUAGUCACUUCCCUUCGGGAAAAUAUGUCUCAUGUCUCAUUUUCUUAAUCCGAGAUCUGCCAUGAAAUGUCUUUUUGAAAUAAAAAUUCUGAUGUCAAGUACAGACUUGCCCAGUGACCUGCCCUCGUCAGGAAGACCAGUAGUUUUUGUCACACCAAUACGUCUCGCUGUGCUCUUCCACUAAAGAGAUUCGUCCUGGUACGUGUUGUAGAGUUUUAAACCACCUUCGGAGAGUUUACUCCUCCGUGGAAAUGCUACAAAAACCUCAGGUUCAAAUCACCUUAAUGUAAUCGUCUACUUGAUGAUUUAAACUGGUGGACGGUUCCAAAGAAAUUCAAGUGUCAGAGUAGCCCGAGAAAAAAGGAGAAGAAAGCAUGGAAGCGAGCACAGAUUUUAUUCUUGGCUGUUGUUGUGUUUAAAUUUUGCAUAAAACAAAUCUAAUAAAAAUGUGUUUGUGUUAUAUUCUGUCAUCAGUCAAUAUUAGGGUGAGGGCCAUUCGUUCACCUGCCAUGCUCAUGAUCUGGUUCGAGAUAUUGACACCAGGGGUCCCUGGUGGCUAGCCGGUGACAUCUGGUGUUAAGAACGGUAACUACUCAUUUGUAACUCCAUGUGUGUUGACGUUAUCUACAAGUUUUAGAUUUCUUGCAUACUGUAGCAUCUAUAGAUUACAGGGGAGGUGGUGUCCAUUGGACAUAUAUGUUUGACACUAGUUUUCAUAAUUUCGGGACCCCGUUAUGGCUGCAAAAUUCCUGUGCACAUUUUUACACACAGAUUUCUUUCUUGAUGGGAUUAAACCCUUUCUUCAGAAUACAUAGUAAUGCAAUUCUCACAGAUUAAGAAAUUGGAAGUUAACUAUACGAUUACAGCAAAGAAAUGCUAACGCCUUCUCAAAUUAGUGGUUUAUAAUACAUUGCGUGUAUUUGAGCAUUGUAGAUAUCUCGUAGCACACCUUGGGACAGAAAAAAAGUCGAGGUUUGUGACGUACCCGACGGUCACCACCUUGACACAGGGCAUUGUCAUGGCCUUCUAGUUUUCAAUAUUGGCAUAGCUCAAAUUCUCAAUUGGCCCCAGAAUAACACCAAGUUACCCUAAUGACGCUAAUACCGAAGUAAAAGAUAAAAUAGCGAACAAUUUAUUCAGACUUGCACAUGACGUCAUAAGAUGGUUUUGUAUUGACUAAUUUGGUCACUUUUGUACCAAAUUAAAUGUGUUUUUGUCCAGUUUUUAUGAAACCUUGUACAUAUUGUAAGAAAGUUUAAUGAAUUUUAGUCCUGCAGUAUGCUAUUAGAUAAAAUGAGGCCAAUAGUGAUAUUGUAAGGUUUUUGGGGGGUACACUGUCACGCAAGGCAUAUCGAGCACGGAAAUAUGGGAGCUACCGAGAAUAUAAAGGACAUGUUCCAUUUCCUAUCACAAAUGCCUUUGGUAUGAUAUUAGUCAACAUCAAACUUCCUAACAUUACCUGUCUUGCCUUUUAUUUGAAAUGGUAUGUUCUAAGUCUGGUCAACGGAACAGUCCAUUUCAGACAAUAGGAGAGACAUAUUUCAAUCCAGGUGAUUUUGAUUGCAUGUUUUUUCGUAAGUUUAUGUUAUUAAUUUUAUUGUCUCAGAUUGUUAAUUCGAUAAAUUAUUAAUUUAAUGUGAUUUUUUCAUGCAUGGCAGUGCAACUGUUUCGUAUAGUAGAUAUUUCUGGAGUUGACAUUAUUCAGAAAAAUUAUGGCCAGAGAUUUAGGUCUAAACUUGACAGGUUUCAGCAGAAGCAGUCAUUUUUGCACGCAUAUGGGGGGGGGGGGGUGGAGUAAGAGGCCGGCAGAAGUGGCUCAUAGUACGUGAAGAGUUCGAAAAUAAGAAUCAACCUUGUACGUUGACAUUUUUGGAUGCCUUUUCUUACAUUUUAUCUAUCAGCCAUAUAGCCCACAAUAUGAUAGUUCAGUCGUUCAGUGGGAGGUAUUUCAUGAAAAUGGCAACUUCACAAAUAUUAUGUCCAUUUGCUGCAUGUAUAGCAUAGUCUUUCAAACCUUUGUAAUAUAAUUAUUAUCAUUAUUAUAAGAUCCACCCCAUCUCAAGUUAGCAUGGUUCUCCUGCACUUGUCUGUACAGCAUCCUACAUGUACCAGUGUACAGGUUGUCUCACAACCUCUUAGGAUCAAGUGGAAAAGUAGAGGGGAUUCAAACAAACUUUAGGUGAUACGGGCUGUAUACACUGUAUAUAGAUAGAAUAAAAUGGAAGCUAAAGAGAUGCGUUUGUAUAAAGCAGGACUGUAAAUGUAUUUAAAUUGUUUGUAUAAAGUUUUAUACGCAUUUGUUACAUCUUGUAACCACGGUUGCAAGCAUGGUGACGAACUUUUCGACAAAAUUUGUCGCAUCAUAUAAUAUGAUAAAAAGUAACGUUUCUUGACCACCUGCAGUGUGUAAUUUUUAAGAUGUCAAGUAUGUACAGUGCAGUAAGUUCAUAAUGCUUCAAUGAAUUUAGGUAAUCAUUAUAUUAAUUGUCAUUGCUUUUUUGCAUAAAUUUAGGCUUCCUAUUGUCCUUAGAAUAUCAUCAAAAAUGUGUAACCAGUCGGGCAAGGAUCCCAAUUUUACAAGUUCUUUCCAAUUCAGGAAAAUUUUGCUAAUUUGGGUGACAUCCCUUUUGAAACGCGCUGAUUCGACAAUGUAAUGGAGAUGUGUGUAACAAGAUUGGGGAGUUUCAGGGAAAUAGCUACAUGCAGAUCUAGCUGUGCCGUGACGAUUAACUCAUAAAUCGAGCUGCGACAGAGACGACAUGUGCUAAUGGGUGCAGUCAAUUAUGUGAGCGUGUAAGGGCGAUACACCCUGAGUUGGAGACAACUCGCAAAACGACGGGGCCUUGCUUGACUGGUAACAAGAACAAUAUCUAUUAGGUUGGGGUCUGUUCCUUGCAUUGAGCUUGAAGUGGCCCCUUAAGUAAAUUAAGGGUCCAUCUCUCAAUGAUCUGUUUUGGUCAGGUCAAAAUACAAUAGCCAUGAAGCCUUUCCUGCUUCUGCUCUUGCUCCUUAAAGGGGAGCUAUAGACGGUAGCUGUGUGUCUCUACACUAUCACAAUCAGUACAUCAGCAUUAUUUGCACUCACCAGGAAUGUUUUAUGAAGUCUAUCCAAGCAGACUCAGUUCCCUACUGACCCAGUUUCCUCACACCUGCCUGAGACCACUUGAACCGCCAACUCCUUAGCUGCCUAUAUUCCCCUACAAAAGACCAAGAAACAUUGACGAUGGAGUGGUUUGAAGUCAUUCAGUUUUCUUACUCUUGAUUCUAUGUAAUUAGGCAUUACAGUCAUCACCCAGCUGUUUCAUUCAUUUGGUUUAUCAUAUAUUUUCAAGAGGCAAUAAAACAUUUAAUAAAUA